AGGCAGUUCAAAUACCAAAGAAUAGGGUAUAGAGAACAAAGAGCAGCAAUUUACUAGUAAGAUAUAUCACGACGCUAACAAGUUCUAUGCCUAUGAAAAGAAUGCCCGAUUCUGGGGAAAUCAACCUCGAACAUGUAGAUGAGGCCAAAGCAGCAGACAAAGUGUCCAACUCCAACCAUAAUAAGGAAGCUAGUAAUGGCAAAAAAAAAGGCGACCAGAAAAUCAAUGAUACCACAAAAGGUCAAAAUAGUACUUACACUAACAAUCAAUGUAAUCACAGUGUCAACGGCUCUAUAUACGGUGGCACCAUCAACCUCGGUGGAAGUCAAGGCAACCAGACCAGGUAUGAAAAUAGUCGUGUUAUAAAUAACAAUGGUACUUUCAAUGGUAAUGCCAACGGAUGCUUUAACGAGGGUGGCUUUCAGUCUCACACCACACACUACUACGACGGACGUAGAGGUUAAUAGUUCUCUCUCUCUCUCUCUCUCUCUCUCUCUCUCUCUCUCUCUCUCUCUCUCUCUCU